UCCCGUGCAUCAAGGCGGAAAUGGAGACAGACUGGUCGAAGCUGGCCCAGGACGCGCUCUGUCUGGUCUUCGUCAAGCUCGGCGCCGUGGAGGUCCUCACGGGUGCUGGCCUCGUGUGCCGCUCGUGGCUCCAGGCGGCCAAGCUGCCUGAUCCCCUCUGGCAGUCUCUGGACAUGGAUCACCUCCACAGCAAGUUGCCCCUGAAGAACAAACCAAACCUGCGCGCGAUGGCAAAGGAGGCUGUGGACCGCGCUAGCGGGCGGCUCGAGGCAUUCACGGCUGAAUGGUUCGUUGACGAUGAGCUGCUCGGCUACAUCGCGUCGAGGUCGCCGUCUCUAAGGAGCCUCAAGCUAGUCGACUGCAGCAUCACGAAUGGUGUAUUGAUGGAUCUCCUGGACUGCUGCCCCUACCUGGAGGUUCUUUACGUCAGCGACUGCUGCAAUAUCAUCAUAGAUGGCGCCCUGCUAGACAAGUGUGGCCGGAUCAGUGCAUUGACGCUCAUCCGCUUUUACUAUGAGUGUUGUCGAUUAGCAUGGUGACAUCGUAUUUGUUCGGUUAGAUCCAUCACCGUACGCUAUCUGUUUACUUGUUAAAGAUGUCAAUGUUAGCAAGUUAACUAGAGGUGGCUGAUACUCGUCAAAAAAACUAGAGGUUGUUGAAUAUCCUCUU